AAAUUGACAAGUUGAAAUUUCAACAUUUCCUGCGUUUUUAGCGUUUGUAUUGGGAAAAUUAUAAAUACAUUGCUAUUUCAUCUCGAAUGCAGCAUUUUCUUUUUGUCUGUAUUAAUGGGCGACGCUAGGGGGCGGUAAGUGUCUGAGAGGAACUGGGAGCUACACACCGUCAACGAAGAACAGAGCAAUUCCUAGCACUUUAAUCGGAGUUGACAUCUAAAACUGGAUUUAUUAUAAGGAGCAUAUUAUUUAAACACCUUCCGUCCUUGCACUUAUGGACAACAAGGAGUCAGAUGCUGUUGAUGAUGGAGUCUCGGAGGUCGAGAGCUGCUCUGCUUCUGGUUUGGGUGCUACAGGAGGCUCGGACUCACGAGUGGACUCCCAGCUGAACAAUGCUGUACACCUAAAAAUGGAGGGUAAUGCAUUUUACCGGGAGAAGAAUGUGCGUAGCGCCAUCGGACGUUAUCACCACGCCUUGCUUGUGCUUCGUGGUCUGGACUCAGAAGUGACGUCAGGUCUUAAAUGUUUUAGACCCCAAUCACCUUCCCUCACCCCAGAGCAAGACGAACUGCUCAGGAGCACCCAGAUUGACUGCUAUAACAAUCUAGCAGCAUGCUUACUGCAGCGUGAAGUUGUGGACUAUGCCCGUGUCCAGGAGUACAGUUUUAAGGUCCUGCAGUGGAGGGCUGGAGAUGUUAAAGCCCUGUAUAGAGCUGGACUAGCCACCCUGGAGCUGGGUGACGCUCAGACUGCCCGGGAAUACCUCCUCCAGGCCAGCAGAGGGAAACCUAACGAUGCCAAUGUGAUAAAACAGCUCCAGCGAGUGGAAGAGCGGCUCAACAAAGACUAUGAGAAGGAGAAAGCUCUUUACAAAGGCAUGUUCAAUAAACAGAAGCAGGCAGAAGAGGAAAAAAAAGCAGAGAACCCAAAUCAAGCGUGAGAAGAUCUAGAGAUCUGCACCAGCGAAAAAAAGUUGAACAGUGAAACUGAAGAUGAUGGCCUACCAAAAUGUGGGAUAAAUGUUGCCCAGGGCAUGGAAUAUAAACCCCAGUAAGGUAUUUAAUGAGGGUACAGAUAUUUUGCCAAGACUCAGUCAGAAUGAGGGCAGACUUGAAACUGUAAAAGCCUUGACUGUGGCUCGAUCAGAGACUCUGUUAUGAUAUCAGUUAAUUUCUGUUCAGGUUUGUUGUGUGUGUAUGUGUGUUUAUACUAUAACAGGAGAGCAUGUCAUCUUUCAGCACUGUUACAUAAUAAACAUUAUCUGACUUUUUUUAUUUUAGAUCACAGACUUCAUGUAAGAAGAAAAUUGGGAUCUAAUAAAUAUUAAAGCUGCAA